AUGACGCAGUAUUUACCACCGAACUUGCUUGCUCUGUUCGCACCCCGCGACCCAAUUCCGUACCUACCGCCUCCUGACAAGCUGCCCCAUGAAAAAAAAUCACAGGGCUACCUGGGGGUUGGAAGCUUUCUGGAAUGUUUUGAGGAUCCAAAGGAUACGCCACCACCGACGCGGGUGGAAACGCGCGAGGAGCGAUUAGAAAGGCGUCGAAGGGAACGUGCCGAACAGGUAGCCUACAAGCUCGAAAGAGAGAUAGCCACUUGGGAUCCGAACCAGCUACUGGAAGCGACAGAGGAUCCGUUCAAAACGCUGUUCGUUGCACGGAUUAACUAUGACACCUCGGAAUCAAAAUUGCGACGAGAGUUUGAAAUAUACGGUAAUAUAAAGAAGAUUAUUCUGAUCAACGACAAGGAAACGGGCAAACCGCGUGGAUACGCAUUUAUUGAGUAUGAACAUGAACGAGACAUGCAUGCGGCCUACAAGCAUGCGGAUGGUAAGAAAAUAGACGGUAAGCGCGUCCUGGUGGACGUGGAACGGGCCCGAACAGUGAAGGGAUGGCUUCCGAGACGGUUAGGUGGUGGAUUGGGUGGUACGCGACGUGGCGGACCGGACGUUAACAUCAAGCACUCUGGUCGGGAGGACAACGAACGUGAGAGGGAGCGCUAUCGGCUCGAGCGAGAACGUGAGGAUCGUGAUCGUCGGGAACGAGAUCGACCCGAUAAUCGAUUCGAUCGCCGGAGGUCUCGUUCUCGUGAUCGUGACCGUCGUCACCGUAGCCGGUCAAAGGAUCGCAACAGGCGGAGGCGCAGUCGUGAGCGUGAGAUGGAUGAUCGCGGCGAACGUUGGGAUAAGGAUCGGGAACGCGAACGUGAUCGCAGCAGGGAUCGGGAUAAGGACCGUAAGCGCAAACGUAGCCGCUCACGGGAUCGCGAUCGGGCAGAGAAAAAUCGCCAUAAGCGUAGUGAUCGCGAUCGGGGCGAGCGGGAACGAAUGGAUCGUGGUGGUGGCUCCGGUAACGGUGGUGCUGAACGUAAGGAACGAAAACCAGACUUCCGCGAGGGUGAAAUCAAGAUUAAGGAGGAGCCAAUCGAUGAUUAUCCCGACUAUAGUGCCCAGUACUCUCAGUACCAGUCGCAGGUUAAGUAUGAAGAUGGGGAGGAAGAGAAAUAUCGUCCCCACGAGCACGAACCUCCACAUCUUAGAUCGGACAAUGGACGCAGCUAUGUUACCAAUAAUGGUGACGAUGACGAUGCGGACUAUGAUGAUGGACAGGGCUACUAA